ACUAAAUUAAUUUGACAUCGUCUAUACGCGUGUGUUACUGUUUCGGUGCUACUGUUUAACUUCUCCGAUAAAAUAUAAUAGACUGUUUUCAAUUGUGACUGCAAUUCAAAAGUGUUUCAAUAAUGUAUCUGAGAUAUUAUUUGAAUGAAAAUGGAGACAGGCAGUACACAUUGGCGACUAUUGACCCAUAUGGAAAACCUACAAUUUCAGCACAUCCAGCUCGUUUCUCACCUGAAGACAAGUAUUCCAGACAUAGAAUUAUUAUCAAGAAACGCUUUGGACUGCUCCUGACACAGCAACCAGAACCCAUUCUAUAAAAUAAAUAAAUGCUUUUUAGGUUAAGUUUAAUUAUAAGAUUACUAUAAUAUAA